AUCAAUCACCCAAUGCUUAUCUCAUGUUUCAUUUGACCUUACAACUCCGAGAGUAUAAAAAGAUUGACAAUAUCACCGAAACCCGAACCAACCCGAACCUUGAUCACUUUUCUAGCACACCUCGUCCACUUUCAUCCUUACCUUCUCCUCUUGCUUCUUGUUUUCCAAGGCAAAAAUCUAAUCAAAAAUAAAAUAACAAAAAUAAAUUAAUCAAAAACUAGGGUUCUUCACAUUUUUAUUUUCCUCUCUCUGCAAAUCUCCCAGCACGUCUUUCUUCACUCUUCAGCUUCGAUACCCAACCAUUUUGAGUAGAUGGCAAAAUCUUCAACUGGUAACAAAAAUGGAAUCCGAAUCGUUGUUGCCGGAGACAAAGCUACUGGUAAAUCGAGCUUGAUUGUAACAGCUGUUUCCGACACUUUUCCCACCAAUGUUCCGUCGGUGUUGCCGCCUUCUCGUCUUCCUGACGAUAUGUUCCCUGAUCGUGUUCCCAUCACCAUUAUUGAUACUUCUUCAAGUAUCGAGCAGAAAAAUAAAGUUGGGGAGGAGAUGAGGCGUGCUGAUGCUGUUGUGCUAACUUAUGCGUGUGAUCGUCCAGAGACUCUUGAUCGUUUGAGCACAUAUUGGCUUCCUGAGCUUCGUCGAUUGGAGGUGAAAGUCCCUGUUAUAGUUGUUGGUUGUAAGUUGGAUUUGAGGGAUGAGCAGCAGCAAGUCAGCUUGGAGCAGGUGAUGUCUCCAAUUAUGCAGCAAUUUCGUGAGAUUGAAACUUGCAUAGAAUGCUCUGCAUCCAGACAAAUACAGAUCCCAGAGGUUUUUUACUAUGCCCAAAAAGCUGUUCUUCACCCUACAGCACCAUUAUUUGACCAAGAGACUCAAACACUGAGGCCUCAAUGUGUCAGGGCACUGAAACGCAUAUUUAUUUUGUGUGACCAUGACAAGGAUGGUGCGCUAAGUGAUGCAGAGUUGAAUGAUUUCCAGGUCAAGUGCUUCAAUGCUCCUCUCCAACCUUCUGAAAUUGUAGGUGUUAAGAGGGUAGUAGAAGAAAAAUUGUCCGAAGGAGUUAAUGAGCGUGGUCUCACUCUGAGAGGAUUUCUAUUUCUUCAUGCACUUUUCAUAGAAAAAGGGCGGCUGGAGACAACAUGGACUGUCCUGCGGAAGUUUGGAUAUAAUAAUGAAAUUAGGCUUGAUGAUGAUUUUCUCCCACCUUCAUUCAAACGAGUGCCAGACCAGAGUGUAGAGCUGUCAACAGAUGCUGUAGAAGCUUUGAAAGGAAUCUUCAGUAUGUAUGACACCGAUAAUGAUGGUGCUAUCCGCCCUCCGGAUGUGGAUGAUCUGUUUUCUACAGCACCAGAUUGUCCUUGGAGUGAAGGUCCAUACAAGGAUGCUGCACCAACAACUGCAUUAGGAGGUUUAACAAUGGAUGGGUUUCUGUCAGAGUGGGCUCUUAUGACGCUUCUGGAGCCAGCUAAGAGUGUGGAGUAUUUGAAGUAUAUCAUGUAUGGUGGAGAUGCUGCUUCUGCCAUUCGUCUUACUAGGAGGCGGCGUAUAGAUCGCAAGAAGCGGCAAUCUGAGAGAAAUGUUUACCAAUGCUUUGUCUUUGGACCAAGGAAAGCUGGUAAAUCAGCAUUGUUGGAUGCUUUUCUGGGAAGGCCAUUCUCUGAGAGUAAUGGCGCCAACACUGAAGAGCGAUAUGCUGUAAAUGUUGUAGAAGGGUCCUCGGGAAGCAAGAAAUUCCUUGUUUUGAGAGAGAUACCUGAAGAUAAAGUUAAGAGCAUACUUUCCUCCAAAGAUUCUCUAGCUGCUUGUGAUAUAGCAAUAUUUGUCUAUGACAGUUCUGAUGAAUUAUCAUGGAAAAAGACAGCUGAAUUGCUGGUAGAGGUUGCUGGCCAUGCAGAAGACAUUGGUUAUGAGGUUCCUUCCCUUAUUGUAGCCGCUAAAGAUGACCUGGAUCCAUAUCCUAUGGCUAUCCAAGAUUCUACUCGGGUUAGCCAAGAUAUGGGUGUUGAAGCCCCAGUGCCUAUUAGUGCUAAAUUGGGGGACUUCAAUAAUAUAUUCCGUAGAAUUGUGAGCUCAGCAGAGCGUCCUCAUUUGAGCAUCCCUGAGACUGAAGUUGGAAGAAGCCGAAAGCAAUACCAUCGUCUCAUCAAGAACUCUGCUAUAUCAGUUGGAGCCCUCGGAGUUGGAGUAGGUGUUGUUUUUGCCGGAUUGGCGGUUUAUCGUGCCUAUGCAGCAAGGAGAAACAGCUCCAACUGAGAAGAUGAGAUAUUUCUAUCUCCUCGGCUACCAUUUUUGGGGCCUAGUAAUGGGUGCUCUAUACCAGACGUUUAUAGACCCACACCCAUUGUUCUAUUGUAGCUCUUUUUAAAAUCUUUGGUAGGGCUUCAGGUUUUGAUUUCUUGGAUGCAGGGUUUUCUGGUAGUGUAUAGUGAUUUAAUUUUAGUGUUAUUGUGCACAAUCUGUGCAAUAAAAAUUUUGCCAGAAUACUAGUAAUAUAUCUUUAUAUUGUUUGCACUGUCCAGUAGCAGUGUUGUGUUUUCGUAGCAAUUUAGAUUUUGUAAUCCUUGAAUGCAAUGCAAACCAUUUGAAAAUAAAAUUGAACUUUCAGGGGCA